CAGCGAGCAGUGACGACAUUGAAGCGCCAAGUGAUAGGGUGAGAGUGGAGGCAUUUGAAGCUAGCAGAAAGGGCGUCGAUGCUAUGGAAGCUGUAGGAGAGUCGAGAAAAAAUGACGGGAGCGAUGAUACUACAAGAAUAGGGAAAGAGUUAAUAAGUAACUGCCAUGUGAAAGAUAACAAAGACGGAAAGAAAAACAAUAACAUUGUGCAGAUAAAGGGAGACCCGAGAGUCGAUCUCCAAAAUGAUAGGGACGAAGUAGUAAUAGUACCGACCGGUGACAUUACGAUAACAAGUUGUGAUGAUCUGGGAGGAUGUAGCAAAAAGGAAAACGGAGAAUUAGUAAUUAAUGGCACGAGUAUCAUGAUGAAGGAUGGAUCACGAUUUAUGAGCAGAAUGCCCACCCCUGAGGGUAAAACGGAGUAUGAAACAGAAGGAGAGAUGCUGUUCAUAAGUAAAUGGGAACCAUGGGACCCUGAGGACAGCAGAAAUGAUGAU